GCAAGUUUAAUGAUCCUGGACGUGGCUCUGAAAGAUCACGUUUCAGCAUCAAUCUAUGGUAUAUCUGCAAUUUUCGAUAUGACUGGCGUAACCUUGGAUCAUGGGCUCCAGAUGACUCCCAGCGUUGUUCAACGUCUGGUUCAUGCCUGGCAGGGCUGCUACCCCCUUCGUAUCCAGUCUCUCGACUUCAAAUUGAAGUCUAGGACUGUUGUGCAUAAAGGAUCAUCUGAAGAGUUCUUCAAGGCCAAAGUUUCGCAAGGAAUGUUGCCAGCGGAGUAUGGCGGUACUGCUGGACCUGUUCAGGAUUUGAUAG